AUGUCACAUAGUGCUCGUUUGGGGCAGCUUAUAUGCGUGGUGGGCGUUUUAGAAAAGCCGCGUAUGAAUCGCGAUAUUAAAUCGCUCGACGCGUAUCCUUCAUUAUUCCCGGCCACGCUUCGGACCCGACAUUCUGCGUAUCGUUCGAGCGUAUUACCCUCCAGCCCCUCAUCCCCGGUUCCGGUCCAAGGCGGAGAGGAAGAUAUUCCAGUCCAAGGCAGAGAGGAAGAUGAAAGGAUCCUGGCCUGGCUCAGCAUGGUCAUCUCCUACCGCACCAACUGCCUCGCCAGCAUCGAGUCGCCGGAGCUCAAUGCCGAGAUGACCGCCGCCCUCCGCAACGCCACCGAGCUCACCGACAACGCCAUCGCCAUCAUCACAGCCGUCGCCGAGCUCGCAAAACAGUUCAACCUCAACUUGAACUUAACCGCAGCCGCCUCCGCUUUAACCGGCCGCCGCCUCUUGAGCUACCCCGACUGGAUUUCAGCGGCCGAUAGAAAGCUACUGGCCGCCGGCGGAGAUAAUCGGACUCUACCGCCGCCGAAUGCGGUGGUGGCGAAGGAUGGCAGCGGGCAGUUUAAGACGAUCAACGACGCACUCAAUGCUAUGCCGGAGACUUACAGGGGCCGCUACGUAAUUUAUGUGAAGGCUGGGGUGUAUAAUGAGAAGGUUACGGUGGCGAAGAACAAGCCAAAUUUGCUUAUUUACGGCGAUGGACCAAGGAAGACUUUGGUGACAGGCCGGCUUAAUAACGCUGAGGGUGUUGCCACCUUCAAGACCGCCACUUUCUCGGUAAUGGCGCCUGGCUUCAUCGCCCGAUCGAUGGGCUUUCAGAACACCGCCGGCCCCAAAGGCCACCACGCCCGCUAUUCUAUCAAAAUUCCAGAGAUGUAUGCUUCGAUGCAUCCCCUCGAUUCUCUCCUCCACCGCUGUUCAUCCCUCAACCAUCUCAAGCAAAUCCACGGCCACCUCAUCUCCGGCGGCCUCUUUCAGCUCCUCCCCUCCCUCCGCUCCAAACUAUCCGAGCUCUUCGCCAUCUCCCCCUUCGGCGAUCUCCCCCACGCCACCACCAUGCUCCGCCUCACCCUCUCCCCCACCACCAACGACUUCAACGCCCUCCUCCGCGGCCACUCCCUCUCCUCAGACCCCUCCCCCUCCCUCUCCCUCUACCCCCUCCUCCUCCUCUCCUCCUCCCGCCCCGACGCCCUCUCCCUCUCCUUCACCCUCAAAUCCGCCUCGUGCUAUUUGCAACAGAAUGAUUAUGGUUAUAAAGAUAAGCAGCUUACUCUGAUAAGCUGCUGA